UGGCCCUAAUAGUUCUACAUUUUGGUUUGAUAAUUAAUAGCUAUACUAAUAUUUUUGGUCUUCAAGUUUAGCCAAGUUACCUUCAUGAUGCUGCAGUGCAUUUUAGCCAACAAUAAUAUUAAUUUGAUAACUUAACAGGAUUAAUUUCAGGUUUACCUCUCAGUCUGUCUUUGUAUUUUAAUGUCCUUUUUUUGUUGGAGUGAAAUUUGCAUUUUUGUUUACAUCACUGCAUGUAGAUGAGAAAAAACAACAAACAUUAAUAAUUACCGGUUUUAAAUGUGUAUUUGUGUGUCAGAUUGUGCAGAUGAACAAUUACUUUGGUAUCGGCAUCGACGCAGAGCUCAGCCUCGACUUCCACCAGGCCCGCGAGGACGAACCUGAUAAAUUCACCAGCAGGUUUCAUAACAAAGGCGUGUAUGUGAAGGUCGGCCUGCAGAAGAUCAGCUACACCAGGAGCCUCCACAAAGAGCUGCAGCUUCAGGUGGACGCUCAGAACGUCCCGUUACCAAACAUAGAGGGGCUCAUCUUCCUCAAUAUACCCAG